AUGGCGGGGCCGGGUCUCCUCCUCCUCGCCGUCGACGUCGUGGCCCUGAUCACGGUGAUGCUCACCGCCUCCGCCCACCCGCAGGCGUCGCUGGACGACGACCUCAUCCCCUCCUUCUCCUCCUCCGGCGCCGCCUAUGGCGGCGCGGGGUCCCGGCGGCAACAGCACCGCGAGCAGCAGGAUCAGCAACAGCACUACGACCACCACGUGCCGGCCGACGGCCCGCUGGUGGCGCACGAGUUCCUGCAGGCGCACAACGAGUUGCGGGCCAAGUACGGCGUGCCGCCGCUGCGCUGGAGCAGCAAGCUGGCGAGGUACGCGCGGCGGUGGUCGUCGCUGCGGCGCUUCGACUGCGUGAUGAUGCACUCGCCCAACUCGCCCUACGGGGAGAACGUCUUCUGGGGCACCGGCAGCGACUGGCGCGCCGCCGACGCCGUCAGAAGCUGGGCCACCGAGUCCUCCUACUUCGACUGGCGCGCGCAGGCGUGCUACCCGGGCGAGGUCUGCGGCCACUUCACGCAGCUCGUCUGGAACGACACCGAGUUCGUCGGAUGUGGACGCUCCGAGUGCUUCGCCGGCGGCGUCUUCAUCACCUGCUCCUACGACCCGCCGGGGAACUGGAAGGGAGAGGUGCCGCUCACCUAA